UCAAUCUCCUCACCUGACCUCACAUAAACACUCAUCCAAAAAUCUCUAGCCGUCACCAAAAACGAUAAAAACAAUCUCCUCAUCUCUUGAUAAAUACCACAUUGUCCAAUCAAGCUACGUAGCCUCGGAUCAAUACACACAACACCAUUACAAUGGUGAAACAAGAACUCAAUAUCAAGAAGGAAAUGUCAUUGUCACCUUCGUCUUCUCCUAAGAUCAAGAGCAAGAAGAAUAAGAUUAAGAAGUACAAAGGAGUGAGGAUGAGAAGUUGGGGAUCAUGGGUGUCUGAGAUUAGGGCACCAAAUAAAAAAACAAGGAUUUGGUUGGGCUCUUACUCAACAGCUGAAGCAGCAGCUAGGGCUUAUGAUGUUGCACUCUUGUGUCUAAAAGGCCCUCAAGCCAAUCUCAACUUCCCCAGCUCUGCUUCUUCUCGCCUUCUGUUAGAUGAAAAGACCCAUUUGUCCCCCAAAUCCAUCCAAAAAAUUGCCGCUCAAGCAGCCAACAAUUCAUUUGACCUUUUUGCUCCAUCUUCAUCGGCAGAUUCGUCACCGUUCGAUCAUGAUCAACAUCCUGAUGACAUGCAAUCAUUGAUAGGGUCUUUCGUAGACAAUCGUGUGUCUUUGAUGGAUCCAUCAUCAUCGUGGUAUGAUAAUGAUCAUAAUGGGAUGUUCUUCUUCGAUGAUGGAGCUCCGUUUAAUUACUCUCCUCCACUGAACUCGACCACGAAUAUGGUCGAUGGGUAUUUCUACGAAGAUGCUGAUAUUCCACUUUGGAGUUUCAGUUGAUCUGACGGUCCAGAAUACAUACUUUACUAUAUAUGUUUUAUUAUUUACAAAAUUAUUUUUAUAUGUUAAUUAAUUUACCUUACACAAAAAUGUUAACUAAUUUACCCUUGUCGUAAUUAUACCUUUCAAGUUGACUGUAAUAUAAUUGAAGCUAUUAUAUGUCAAUAUUGCAAUACGUUUGGGAGUUGAGAGGUGGGCGGGCGGCCUAGGAAGAUCACAUGAACAAGAAGCCUUUUUGUCACUUCUUUGACUUUUCAAGUGAUUUUUCCUUUUAAUUAAGUUUUACUGAUAGCAUGUUGUAUCAUUGUAAAGAAUAUAUAAUAUAUGUUGCAGUAUGUUUAUGAAAUUAA